AUGGCGCCCAUCCCAAUCACAAUCGUUACCGGCUUCCUGGGCUCCGGCAAAACCACCCUCCUCCUCAACCUAAUCCCCCAACUCCCACGCACCUACCGACUCGCCCUCCUGAAAAACGAAUUCGGCGACGUCGCCGUCGACUCCCAACUCGCCUCGACAAGCUCCAUCUCUGGCGUCCGCGAACUCCUCAACGGCUGCAUCUGCUGCAACCUGGUCGGUCAACUCAGCGAUGCGCUGGAGCAACUGCGCACGAGCGUGUCGCCGGAUCGCAUCGUCAUCGAGACGUCCGGGAGUGCGUUCCCGGCGACGCUGGCGAUGGAGGUGAAUCGGUUGGCGAGGGAGAGUCAGAAUGAUGAAGGGGGUGCUGGCAGGUUUGUGCUGGAUGGGGUGAUUAGCGUGAUUGAUGUGGAGAAUUGGGCGGGGUAUGAGGAUACGAGUUAUACGGCGAAGUUGCAGGCGCGGUAUACGGAUUUGAUUGUUUUUAAUAAGUGGGAGGGGGUUGGGGAGAGGAGGUUUGAUGAGUGUCUGGAUCGGGUGGGUGAUUUGGAGGUUGAUACGGCUUGGGUGAAGUCGGAUCGCGGGGUUGUGGAUAAGGAUAUUUUGUUGGGGAUUGAUGGGGCGUUGUUUGCGAAGGAGGAGGGGUUGGUCGAGGGUGAAGAUGGACAUGGCCAUGAGAAUGGACAUGCGCAUAAACAUGAUCAUCAGUCUGAGGUCGAGGUUUUGUCCGUCCAGUUGAAGAGUGCGCCCGGUCAGACGGUGGAUGUCGAGGCCUUGGAGCGUCUACUGCAGUCCACGCCCAGGGAAGAAGUGUACCGCAUCAAGGGUAUUAUUCGCUGCUCGGCUGCGACGCCGCCCGUCGAGUCCUCGGAUGACAUGGACUCGAGGAGGAAGGGUGAUGCCUUGGAGACGAGGUACUAUAUCCUCAACUGGGCGUUCGGUCGAUGGACAUGUACCCCGUCAACGGUGGUUGCGGAGUCAGCGGAUGAAUCUGUGGCCGCGCGAUUGACCCUCAUUCUGGCCCGGUACGAGUCGGGCAAGUGGAAGAAGAAGCUGGAGGCUGGUGGUUUCGUGCAGGUUGCCGGUGGAGAGACUGAGUUGACUGUGGACCGAUUGGUUUGA